CUACAAAUAUAAGCACUACAGGUCAAAUAUCAAUAGCAUCAACAGUACAAUGUACAAAAGAAAUAGUAGCAUUUCUUACUGGUUAUUCUCCUCAAUCAUGGUUAUCUGCAAAACCUAUGCUUACUAUUCUUAAUAUGAAAGAUAUAGACCAAUGUUCAGUAUUGACGGUUUCUUCAAGUGUUGGAGAAGCUAUUAUUAAAAAUUCAUUAAAUCCAGCUCAAUGCCAAUAUUGGCUUACAGAUAAUAUGGCUUAUAUGUCUGGAUCAACAGCUGGUGCUGACACGAAUUUUACAAAUCUUCCAAAUGGAUUUAGAGCAAGUGAAAUGCCAGAUAAUUUAGAGCAGUGGAUUCAUGAAUUACAAACAGCAAUAAAACAUCCAGAUGAAGAUUUUGUAGAGGAAUUAUUAUUGGCCUACGAAAUUUUACCUAAAGAUGAAUUUAUUGAUUUUAAUAAUAGAAUUGAAAAUGGGUUAAUAAAAGCAUUAGAGGCAUUCAAAAAAUGGAUGGACCCAUGGACACAUUUACCUCUUUCUAUAUGUCGGCUUGGAGAAAUUCAUGGUCCCGAUUUUGCAGUUGCAGUUAUUAAAGUUAUAUUAAAUAUUCAAUUUUCGAAUAAUCUUACAGAAAUACAAAAAGAAUAUGUAGACAAAUUAGAAGAUGAUUUGGAAACAAAAAAACAAGAAUCCUUUGGUUUAUUUCAGGCAUUAGAAGAUAAUGAUUUUCAUGAACAAUUUUUGGCCUUUUCUCAGUCUACUUAUACUGAAAUAUCUAAUUACCCACUA